GUAUCCAAAAUGGGGAGGAUGUGUUUUGUAAGCCCGAUCUCCGAAAUGCCGUGAUAUUUCCGAUUACUUGAUGCGGGGUCGAAUAAUUUCUCCAUAGUAUAAUAGCAUAAACGUCAUCACAGCCAACGCUGGAAACAGCAUCACAAUUUCAUACUACCCUCUUCCUGAACCCUUUUGAGAAUCGACUCAAGAAUCUCAUAAUGUCUUUCAAAACCACAGCCACAAUCUCCUCUUUCGGAGGCAAGCUCCUCAAACUCACCCACAAUGCCUCAACCACUGGCUGCGAAAUGGCGUUGAACCUGUACCUCCCACCUCAAGCCACAGCCAAUCGAAAAGUACCAGUGCUCUUCUACCUCUCAGGUCUGACCUGCACGGGAGACAACUGCGCCGAGAAGGGAUUCUUUCAAUAUGGGGCAAGCCAGAAGGGAAUAGCUGUUGUCUACCCCGAUACCUCCCCUCGAGGACUUAAGAUCCAAGGCGAGGACGAUGCAUAUGAUUUUGGUACCGGCGCCGGCUUCUACAUCGAUGCCACUGCCGCCCCGUGGUCAACCAACUACAAGAUGGAAUCCUACAUCACCUCCGAGUUACCCAAAGCGCUGUACGCGGCCUUCCCCGAGCUGGACUCGUCGCGCGUUAGCAUUACGGGACACAGCAUGGGUGGCCAUGGUGCCCUGACUCUGUUCCUGAAGAACCCAGGCAUGUACAAGAGUGUCAGUGCCUUUGCGCCGAUCUCGAACCCGAUCAACGCCCCGUGGGGCCAGAAGGCGUUCAAGGGAUACCUUGGAGAUAACCAGGAGGAGUGGAAGAAGCACGAUGCGACAGAGUUGAUCAAGAAGUGGAAGGGGAAGUUCAAUGCCUUGAUUGAUGUGGGAACCGGUGACAAUUUCUACAAGCAAAAACAACUGCUCCCAGAGAACUUCGCCGAGGCUGCGAAAUCUUCAGGAAAUGACAAAGAGUUGACCUUGAGAUAUCAAGAGGGUUAUGACCACUCAUACUACUUCAUUUCAACAUUUUCAACGGAUCACGUUAACCACGCAGCAAAAUACUUAUUUGAAUAAAGCGAUAUGUCGCAGAGACAAAAGCUAUAGAGAAAAAGCAUACAAUAAAUUUAUGCAAUAAAACCCCUGUCCUUAAACCUAUACCUAGUGAUGUGAAUGAAUAAAUAUACUUCUGCCAACCUUGCGGGUAUCUCUAUAUAAGCCUUGUUGGACAGCAAAAACCAAGGUCAACCAGUCAUAGCUCGUAAUUCGUAGUCAGCCCCAAACCUCCUCAAAUCAGCUGAUCCUCCUAUCAUCAAGUCCAAUUCCGAAACUAUCGUUCUCUCUCUUGAUUCUCAUCUCUGUUUCGGCUUCUCUCUUAAUCCUAACG